AUGGCUUCAAGCUGCCAAGCUUCUAGAGACUCAAGCGGCAGCAGCUCCUCUAGUUGGACGGCAAAGCAAAACAAAGUGUUUGAGAAGGCACUAGCCAUUUACGACAAGGACACCCCGGAGCGGUGGCAAAAUGUGGCCAAUGCUGUGGGCGGUGGAAAAUCAGCGGAGGAAGUGAAGACCCACUACCAUCUUCUCCUUGAGGAUCUCCACCGUAUUGAGUCCGGUCGUGUCCCUUUACCCAACUACUACAACUCCGCUACUACUACCUCCCAAGACAUAAACAUAAAAGAGUUCUAUCCACCAAUAUUUGACAAGCUCAUGGUUAGGAAUCUCACAUUGGUUGGAUUUAGGGAUAAUAGCUCUCAAACCCCUAACCCCCCUAACCAUCCAUCAGGAAUGCAUGGAAGGCUUAAACUCAGGCUGUAA